GAGCGUCAUAUGCUGAAUUUUACCGCUGGUUUUUCCAAUCGGAUGUUAGUCCGAAGCCGUCAUCGUCUUCCUUUCCACCCAUCCAAACCCUAACCAAAGUCAUUUUCUUCCCCAUCCCCUUUGAAUAUUAUCAAUUUACUGUUCCACGAGCAGACCUUAGGUCAAAAGUUAUUGUAUUUAAGGCAUUAAUUAAAGGUGGGCGGGAGGAAGAUGUCACCUUCGUACCAUUUUUGCCCUUCACAAUUUCUGGACUCGGUCAGAGGAUUGGGGAAAACCAUAGAUUACCGCAUGCGAUCUUCUUGGAAGAGGAAUACAAGUUCCUGUUUUUGGAUUUCUAGGAUUUUGCUUGGAACGGCGAAUUUGCGGAGAGCUUCAACCUCGAGAUUCUGCCUGGUGGUUUUGAUAUUGCUAAGAGAUGUCUAGAGUUCAAAUUAUGUUAUUUGGAGCAGUUGUGGCUGUUUCAUGCUGGUUUCUUGUGCAGCCUGCCAUAGCACAGAUAACUGAUCCGUCUGAAGUUACUGCUUUGAAGGCUAUUAGGAACAAAUUGCUUGACCCUAUGAAUAAUUUGAAGACUUGGAGCGAUGGGGAUCCAUGCUCAUCAAACUGGAAAGGGGUUCUUUGCUAUAACUCUACGUUGGAAGAUGGAUAUCUGCAUGUGGAAGAACUGCAGCUGCUAAAGAUGAAUUUUUCUGGAAAUUUAGCUCCCGAGUUUGGUCAACUCUCUUACCUGAAGAUAUUGGAUGUUAUGUGGAAUCAGAUUAAUGGCAGUAUCCCAAAGGAUAUAGGCAAUAUUACAUCGUUGAAGCUUCUGCUUCUGAAUGGUAACCAGCUAUCUGGUCCUUUACCAGCGGAGCUUGGGUAUCUUCCUAAUUUAGAUAGAAUUCAGAUAGAUCAGAACUACAUAUCAGGGCCGAUACCGAAAUCAUUUGCAUUGUUGAAUAAAACACGACAUUUCCACAUGAACAAUAAUUCACUGAGCGGGCAAAUCCCACCUGAACUUUCAAGACUUCCUCGUCUUGUUCACUUGUUACUAGACAAUAACAACUUGACUGGAUAUCUUCCCCCCGAACUGUCAAGGACACCAAAUUUGCUUAUUCUUCAACUUGAUAAUAAUAAUUUCAAUGGGACUUCAAUUCCAGCUUCUUAUGGCAGUAUGGCUAAACUUUUAAAGCUGAGUCUUAGAAAUUGCAACUUACAAGGAGAAGUACCUGAUUUAAGCAGCAUACCCCAACUUGGCUACUUAGAUCUUAGCCAAAACAAAUUGACCGGAGCCAUUCCAUCUAAUAAGCUUUCUAAUAAUAUUACUACAAUUGACCUGUCGAGCAACUCUCUAACUGGUCCCAUUCCUGGAAACUUUUCUGGUCUUCCAAAUCUCCAGAGACUUUCACUCGAGAACAAUCAUCUAAAUGGUUCUGUUCCAAAUGCUGUAUGGAAGAAUAUGGUUUUCACUGGAAAUAGAAGUCUUCUUCUGGAUUUCCAGAAUAAUGACCUCACUAGCUUAUCUUCUCCUCUAAAUCCUCCUGCAAAUGUCUCCAUCUUGUUAUAUGGCAAUCCUGUAUGUUCAAGUGCAAACCAACUUAACAUCGAGCAAUACUGUCAGAAUCAGUCAGUAAACCCAUCACCUGGAGGCUCAGGGAACUCCAAAACAAAAUGUAACCCAUGCCCCAGUGAUUCAGGUUAUGAAUACAAUCCUUUGUCUCCUAUCCUUUGCAUGUGUGCCAUCCCGCUUGAAGUUGGCUAUCGGUUAAAAAGUCCAGGAUUUUCCGAUUUCCGUCCAUACAGUGAUAGCUUUCAGCUUUACUUGUCAUCCGGUCUUGAAUUGUCUCUUUAUCAACUGUUCAUUGAUUCAUUCAUCUGGGAAGAAGGUCCAAGAUUGAGGAUGAAGCUGAAAUUAUUUCCAAAUAAUACUAGUUUAUUCAGUGACAGUGAGGUCCUACGAAUCAGAGGAAUGUUCACAGGAUGGCUGAUUCCAGAUUCAGAUAUUUUUGGACCAUAUGAACUCCUUAACUUCACUUUGGGAUUUUAUUCUAAUGUGAUUCCAAAUAGAGGAAGUUCAGGCUUAAGAGCUGGUGCUGUAGUGGGCAUUGUAUUAGCAUCAGUGGCAGCGGCAGUUGCUCUAUCAACUCUGAUAACGAUUCUUAUAAUGAGGCGUCGUUCAAAAUACCAUGCAAUGUCAAAAAAGCGAUCAACAUCAAAAAUUCCCAUAAAAGUUGAAGGUGUUAAAGGGUUUACAUUUGAAGAAAUGGCAUUGGCAACAAACAGUUUCAGUAGCUCCUCUCAAGUUGGUCAAGGUGGGUAUGGAAAGGUCUACAGAGGAAUCUUAGCUGAUGGAACAGUUGUUGCAAUAAAGCGGGCACUAGAAGGUUCCUUACAGGGAUCAAGAGAGUUCUUCACUGAGAUAGAACUUUUAUCAAGGUUGCAUCAUCGAAACCUAGUUUCUUUGGUUGGUUAUUGUGAUGAAGAGAGUGAACAGAUGUUGGUGUAUGAGUUCAUGCCAAAUGGUACAUUGCGUGAUCACCUAUCUGCUAAAUCCAAGGAAGCUUUGAGCUUUUCAAUGAGGUUGAGCAUUGCAUUGGGCUCUGCGAGGGGCAUAUUAUACUUGCAUACAGAAGCAGAUCCCCCUAUUUUCCAUCGAGAUAUAAAAGCAAGCAAUAUAUUGUUGGAUUCGAGGUUUGUUGCCAAGGUUGCAGAUUUUGGACUGUCACGCCUUGCACCAGUUCCUGAUAUUGAAGGUGAUCUGCCUGGUCAUGUGUCAACUGUAGUCAAGGGUACCCCGGGUUACCUUGACCCAGAAUAUUUCUUAACUCAUAAACUUACUGACAAAAGUGAUGUAUAUAGUCUUGGAGUUGUGUUUCUAGAACUAUUGACUGGGAGACAACCAAUUUUGCAUGGAAAAAACAUAGUUCGGGAGGUUACCUUGGCUUAUCAGUCUGGCAUGAUUUUCUCAGCCAUUGACAGCCGCAUGGGCUCAUAUCCCUCAGAAUGUGUUGAGAAGUUUGUGUCAUUGGCUCUACGGUGCUGCCAAGAUGAGACAGAUGCGAGGCCUUCAAUGCCUGAAGUAGUCAGGGAGCUGGAGAUCAUAUGGCGCAUGAAUCCAGAAACUUAUACUUCGCCAUUAGAGUCUGUGGUUGGAGAGUUGAAGAACGAGACACCGACAUCAUCGUCACUCGUAGACUCUCAGCCUUACUUGUCUUCCGAUGUCGCCGGCAGCAACCUUAUCAGUAAUGUGAUCCCUUCCAUUGCACCUCGCUGAUGAGGUAAUAUCUUCCUGUAUAAAUUAGGUGAAUGUAUGCAUCUGAGUGUAUAUUUAGGCUUCGUUUGGGACGAUUUUUUUACUGUUUCUUAAAGCAUUUUUUUAGUAUAAAAAUUUAAAUUUUUAUGCUAAAAAAUAGCUUUAAGUAGUAAGAAAGUCAUCCCAAAUGAAGUCUUAAAAACUGUGUCAAAAUGAAAAUAUAGUUUCUUAGCAUCAGGUUCAUUCGUUGUGUUGUUGAAAUCUUUUGGGCAUAGCAUAGAAUCAGAUCUCACAAUUUUUUUUAGAAUUUGUGUUAUUGUAAUAAAUCACUUGGACUGAUAUUUUGUAUCUAUUAUUGAGGUUUUUGCCUUCCUAUUUCAUU